AUGUUUAGAAAUCCAAAAAUCUCCUCGGAAACGUUUGACUCCUUCAUCCAAGGCUUUAAGCGAGUGCGAAUUUCUGAUCUCAGAUCUGCUCAGGCAAUUCCAAAAGACGGAUUUGUUACCGCUGGAGUAAUUGUCGGUCGAGACAUACGUAAAAGUGCUAGUGGGAAGGAUUAUGUUAUUUGGAAACUUCAUGAUCUGAAAAACUGCCAAGAACAACCUAUCCGCUUACUGCUCUUUGGCGACGCUUAUAAGGAGCAUUGGAAAUCCCAGGUUGGAGUUUGUGCUGCUCUGGUGAAUCCACAUGUUGCUGACGAAGAUAAGCCUGAUGCAAGCAAGAAUUUCAAACCCAGUUCUUCCGGAGUCACUUUGAAAGCAUUCAAGAGAGCAGAAAUAAUCGAGCUUGGUGUUUCAAGCGACCUGGGAAUGUGUAAGGGUGUAAAAUUUGGCGGUCAAAAGUGUGGCAAUUUUGUCAACACUUCACUAUCGGAAUUCUGUGUUCACCACAUCAUGAAUGAGGCAAGAAAGUUGUCUGCUAAUCGAGGAGCUUUUAACAGUGUUACUUCGCAGCCACCUAUCAAAAGAGCAGCUAACCCAAUCUUUAUGGGUACCCACAGUUUUGUCGUCACUUUCAGAAAUACUAAGUUCAACGCAGUGGUCCCAGCGCACGGUCUUGCAUCGAAUUCGGAUACAAUGCAUCCGACAACGAGCAAUGUCAAGUUACCAGCUGAACAGAAGACAACUACAAAAGUAGAGGAAAAGGCGGUGCUAAAAGAAAUAAUCAGCGAUCGGGCUCAUAUGCUUGGUGCUCGCAACCUGAUAGCUGUUGUGGAGUCGAAAACGGUGCGAUCUGGAGCAAAGUCAAACAAAACGGAAGACCAAGUUUCUAUGGCGGACUUCAUCAAAAAUCAGGAGACUAGGGAAGUUAAACCUGAUUUCCAUAUGCCAAAACUAGGUUAUGGACUUCGAGCAGGCCAGGAAAUUAGCUUAGCAUCAAAGAAAGCCGAUGCAGCUAAGGUAGUCUGAAG